AUGAAUGAGUUAGAUCUGAAGCUUUUAGUUUGUAAUAGUCAGGAGGUUGAGAAGUUGGUGAAGAAGAGAUCGGAGGCUUGCCGUCAGAUGUGGAGUAAUCUGAAAAUCAAAGAUAAUAUGAUUAUCCAGAAAUCUAGGAGGAGAUGGUGUGUAGAAGGUGAUGAAAAUUCGAGAUUGUUUCAUGCCUAUAUUAAUGGUAGACUUAGAAUGAAAUUCAUUGUUGUGGUGGAUACGGAACCUGGUAGAGUGAAGGCAGUAGAGGAUGUAAAGGAAGUGGUUCAUAGUUUUUUCAAGGGUAAGUAUACUGAGCCUGAAGUCGUUAGACCAAUUCUGGAAUAUGGAGGUUUUAAUAAGUUGUCUAUUUCGGAGGCUAAAUCUUUAGAGGUUCCUUUCACGGAUUCAGAGAUCAAGGAAGCGGUAUGGGACUGUGAUGGAUCCAAGAGUCCAGGCCCAGAUGGAUAUAAUUUUGUCUUCAUCAAAAGAUGUUGGUUUUUAUUGAAGUAUGAUAUAUUUAAAGUUCUGACAGAUUUUAAUUCUCAUUCCUUUCUUCCCAAGGUUGUUAGUUCAUCAUUUAACACUCUUACUCCCAAGGUUGAUAAACCUUUACACCUUAGGGAAUAUAGACCUAUUUGUCUAGUAGGGAGUCUUUACAAAAUCAUGGCGAAACUGUUAGCGAAUAGGUUGAAAAAGGUGAUAGGUGGGCUUGUCUCUCAAUGUCAAACAACGUUUGUUUUGGGUAGGAAAAUGUUAGAGGGAGUAGUUGUUGCAAAUGAAAUCAUUGAUUUAGCAACUAGAGACAACAAAGAGUGUAUGUCAUUCAAGGUAGAUUUUGAGAAGGUGUAUGACUGUGUAAACUAG